CUCUGUCCUCACUCUCUCUCUCUCUCUCUCUCUCCGCACUGCUCCCUCUUCUUCAUCCUCUUCUCUUCGUCCUCUCUCCCAUCUCUGAUCUCCGAUCUCGCUUCGCCACUCUCCGCCCUCCACUUCCAUCUAUCCAUCCAUGGCGUCUCUGUUCGAGUCCUUUUGGCAGUAUCUGAUCACUAACUUUAGUGAUUUUCAAUUGGCCACGAUUGCUACUUUCAUUGUCCAUGAAAGUGUAUUCUUCUUGUCGGGACUUCCAUCAAUAGUCUUUGAACGGCUGGGGCUUUUCAGCAAAUACAAAAUCCAGAAAAAAAUUAACAGUCCUGGUUCGCAUGAGAGAUGCAUUUUGCGUCUAAUCUUGUACCACACAUGCGUCAACUUGCCAGUUAUGAUUGUUUCCUAUCCCACAUUUAAAUACAUGGGCUUGAAGACCUCCCUGCCACUGCCACCCUGGAGUGUAGUCCUACCUCAAAUUUUAUUCUACUUUAUUUUAGAGGAUUUCGUAUUUUACUGGGGGCACAGGGUACUCCACACCAAAUGGUUAUACAAGCAUGUGCAUUGUAUUCACCAUGAGUAUGCGACCCCAUUUGGAUUGACUUCCGAGUAUGCUCAUCCUGCUGAAAUCCUUUUCCUUGGCUUUGCAACCAUUCUUGGCCCUGCUCUGACUGGACCUCAUCUUUUUACUUUAUGGCUAUGGAUGAUAUUGAGAGUCUUGGAGACAGUUGAGGCCCACAGUGGAUAUCAUUUCCCAUGGAGCCCCUCAAACUUUUUGCCAUUAUAUGGGGGUGCUGAUUUUCAUGAUUAUCAUCAUCGCUUGCUUUACACCAAGUCUGGCAACUAUGCAUCAACGUUCGUUUAUAUGGAUUGGUUAUUCGGCACUGAUCAAGGUUAUCGGAGGCUGAAGGCAUUGGAAAAGGAAAGGAAAGAAUCCGAACAAAAUUAACUCUCCGAAGGCCUAGAGCAACGGCACAUCUUGAUCCAUGGAGUUGAUUCAUGUAGUUUUAGUAGUGUAAUGUUGAUUCAUGGAGUUGUAGUAGUGUCAUGCUCAGGCAACGAGCUUCUGAAAGUGGUUUCUUUCUAUCUGAACAAAUGUUUUUAUCUUCAACCCGGCCUUGAGAAUUGGAAAAUCUUUCGAACAGCUUUGCCAUCAUGUUCACUUUUUAUUUA